CCUUAGCGCGCAAGUCCUAAUUUGUGAAAUAUCUGUAUACAGAUUUUUAUCCGUUAAAUUGGGUAUAAUAUCAAUUGAGAUUUCUGUGGCUUUUCUGAGCAUGUGCUGACUUUCGGGAGAUACAUAUGUUUUUAACUUAUGUCGCAAAAAAAGAUCAAAUUUCGGGAAACGACAUGUGUAUGAGACGUGGAGUGAAAACAUUUCUUUUGUUGGUGUUCUGUAUGUUGUUUUUCCUGGCUACGGAGUUCACUGUUGGGUGUUGCUGCUCAAUAAGUUGUAAGGACAUUAAUAAUAAUAGGCACGUGGUUCAGCUAUUCUCCCCGCGUUUGGUGUAUUUCCAUGGGUUCUUGGCGGGAGGUUGGUGGACGGACAUCAAUAAGUCAGCUAAUCGACGGGUUCGUUGCUCGCAAGCGCAUAAGCCCAUUGUGACACAGGGUUUUCUUCAAUGGAAGUUGUACUCCAGGCCCGUUGUCGCGUUCUGCUUCAUGUCUUUGCAAUUAUUUUUUUUGCUCAAGGAUACUCGUGGCACGGUGUAUCCGUAAUGCCAACGAGUGACUGGUUCUUCACAUUGAAAAAGGGCCAUCAAAGUGAGGAACAGUGUAACUUUUAUUUUAGAAACCGCCCACCCGGAAAAAUCUUAUUGUGUAUUAAGAAAGCGAAGGAAGGUUUCUCGUGUUUAUUAGGCAACAAAUUAAUAUUAAAUGGCACAAUUAAUGUGUUUGUGUUUCAAUUUCUGGGUUGGCUGCUGCCUUUGAAAACACGGAUCCCUGUAGCUAAGUGGAUUUGUCGAUAACAAUUACAUUGUGUCCAUUCGCAGGCGAAACCUUACGACUUGAAGUCAAGUCGGUAAUUUGGCCGGGUUUUGGUCGCCCGUGGACAGCUGAAUGUCACUCACCGUGCAUGGCCGCUGUCAGUGAUUGGCAGGUCUGCUACCAAUGCGAUAGUGUUAUCGUCCUUGCGUUGAAUUAAAGUGAUACUAAGGCUUAAAUAAUAAUAACAUUAAACAUUUGUUUUGAUUGCAGGACACUGACAUCAUCAGAUUAUGCAGCAGCAUUAUCAAUGAGAUACAAAACUUCACUUAACGGAUAAGCAGUGAGUCAGAUCAACCAAGGAUACUUGUACAGAAGUUGUAUUCUUCUAUACAAGCUGUUUUCCUUUGAAUUGUUAAACGGAAGGUCGUCACCAUGACUGGCGGACCGGGCAGCACCAAGCGCCACUACCGUCGGCUGCUGGACAAGCUCAAAGCCCGCUCCAGCCGCAUCUUUGUCAAGACCCAGAUGCAGAACCGCAUGCAGGAGCAGAGACUGAAGAAAGUGGUCAAUGUCCUGGAGAAGGAUCGGGACCCCUGCAUCCGCAAGUCUCAUGAGGGGAUCUGGCGAGUGUCGUCUAAGGAGUGCCCCAUGCCGCGGCUGGCCAAGCCCGAGGGGAUGCCAUCGUACCUGGCCCGUCCCCGCGCCACGACUCUCCCCACCCCAGCUGAACUAGCCACCCUGCUUCCUAAGAAGAGAGUCAGGGGACAACAGCACUAUGCAUCUCACGCUGAAUCGGUGGCCACCAGCAAACCGCCUCCCAGAGAAUACACCAAGAUGUCCAAGAGAAGACUGUCCUCGAUGAGAUCAGAUCAGGUCCAGAUAUAUCACUAUCGGAAGGUGAUGGAGGAAUUUGAGGAGGCAGUGGAGGUCUUUCCAGAAGGCAAUGGGACAGAAGAGCAUGCGACUGCUGCGGGUGGCACCGGAGAGAAGAUGGAGACACCGACGCAGGGAGACAGGACUGAUGGGAAGUGGGCAACACCGGUGACUAGGACAAAGAGCGUUAUCAGCGAGGCAAGCAAAGCCCUGGCAGACAAUGAGAGUACGGCAGCAGCUGAGGAAUCAGUGAGAAUUGUCAUGAAGAAGCUCGGCAUACGUCCUCAAUCCAGCCCGAUGUCUUACUCCCGAAGACCGCGGCCAAAGAAAAGACGCCCUCAGACGAGUGUCGGUACCUGCGCCACCAUUGCCGAGCAACAACUGGACUCCAAUAGCAAGGUGCUGCGAACCAACUACCUGGACAUGUACAAAGCACAGCUGAAGAACCACGUCCGUCGCAUGACUUCAAAAGGUGAAAUGCCAGCGCCGUCUAUAUGCAUUGAUGACAUGUCACCACACCACGGCCACCGUGAUGAGCGACCCAAGUCGGGUCUUGACAUGAGCGUCCUCUCGCAGGCGUCCACUCCCACCAAGGCCCCUUCGCUGGCCCACAGUAAGUUUUCCUCGCCAGCCUUUUCACCCGAGUCACGUGGGAUCAGCAACAAUCCUGGUGCCAAGAUAGAAAGGCAGUCCACCCUCAUGCAACAGACAGCCUCGUCCACAUCACGCUCAACACCGAGAUGUCAAAUGCGCAGGGUCAGCACGCAGAUCAUGCAUGCCACCACCUUCGACACGCUACAAGAUGAGGUGCAGAAAAUGCAAAGCUACCGCAAGUUCCGGCGGGAGUCUCUGCAGAUGGACGAUGUCGCCAACCUUCAGGACUUGGAGGACGGAGAACUGUUUGAAGAGAUGAAACACUGUCGGUACAUCAGGUGGGCCAAAGCAGACGAAGCUUUAAUUGAGGAAUCCAGUGAGAACGAACCCUUACAACACCAACUUGCGCUUCUGACCCUGAAGUACGUCCCUCAGGGCCAAUCAAAGAAAAGUCGGAACGAAAACACAUAACCAGACGAUUUAUACUUCACACAGUUAAUUAAUUGGCAGUGUUUUAAUUGGAUUAAAAUUUAUUGGAUUAAACAUCAAAUGUUUAAUAUUAAAAGAACACUUCUAGUCUUCUACUACAUGUAUGUUAUGAAUUUAGUUAGACACGGUUUUUGUUUAAAUAACCAUAUCUAGCCGAGGUAUGUUCCUUUGCUCAGACAAUCUACAUGUACACAAAAUAUCUUUCGAUUAUUAAAAUCAAAUAAUAAUAUAAAUGAAAGCGAUAUGUAUUUUGUUUUGCAAACAACUAGGCCUAUAAAGCCUUUUUAUUCAAACUUAUUUCAGCAGAAUGUGUAGUUUGUGUGGAUAGAAAAAUUCAUUCAAAUACUUUUGACUUACAGUCGUUAAAGGUUGCACAUGUGCAUGUUUCAAACUGUACAAUCUGAUCUGCAAAUUAUUAGUGUCAAGAAAAUCAUUUACCGGUAGU